AUGCAUCCAUCACGUGUCUUCAAAGGAUUCACAGCAUCACCUCAUUGCGUGCCCAGCCCCGACGGAAGAUUUAUUGCUACCCUAUCAUCGCAGAGCAUCACAGUGCGCUUGGUUUUCUCGCUCUCGAUUGCGCAUGUGGUCAAAUUGCCCUCAGAUCUCACGACGCCUGUAACCACACUCGCAUGGUCACCUUCAUCGUCUCGUAUCCUUGUUGCAAGUGCCGAUCAGAUUCAUGUCUUGUCAAUAGUUGACUCGUCAUUUCGUGCCACGAUCAAGAACCCUGCAGUUGGAGGUGGAAAGCAGACACUUGUACAGUUUGGCGCCCAUGAUGAUGAGGUCUUUGCCUGUGCUGCAUUUGGCCUCAAGUUUUCCAUUUUCGAUCUAUCAACUUCCAAAGCUAUCGAGAUAAGCAACCCCAAGUUUUAUCUCCCCUCUUCCGCCCCCAGGGGCCUUUCUGUACGACCUCAGACGUCACAUCUUGCCAUCCUGACCCGGACAAAUGGUCGAGAUGCUAUCAGCAUUCACCACCCCAUAUCGAGGCAAGUUCUGCGAUCUUGGUACCCGGAAACAGUCGACGCUCAUGGUUUGAAAUGGACCCCUGACGGCCAAUGGCUUCUGCUGUGGGACGCCCCGGCACAUGGGCAUAAGCUCUUACUCUACACCCCCGACGGCCAGCCUUUCCGCUCCAUCCUGGCGUCCAGCAUCACGGGAGGCGAGGAUGCCGACUUCGAGACGGGGUUUAAGAUUUGCAAUCUCAGUCCUGACGCGUCGUUAUGUGUCAUGGGCGAUGGCAGCAGAACAGUGGGCGCUUUCAGCACGCAGACAUGGAGAGGUGGUCUGAAACUUGUACAUCCCACUACAGUCGUCCCCAAGGACACCCUGCAGGUCUGGCAGGAGCAGCUGAACGAUUCAUCCCAUGGAGGGAUCCCGUGUACAUUUCUUCGUGCGAACCAGAUGGUCGCACCUCCGAACCGAUUGGUCGACGGCAAGGUCCCUAACGAGGUCAGAGCUGGAUGCUCUUCGUUGGCCUUUGAUGCAUCUUCAACUCUGUUAGUUACCAAGCUUGAUGAUACCCCUACCACGCUGUGGAUCUGGGAUGUCACCGCAGCUGAGCUCCGGGCAGUACUCAUGUUUCACUCAGUCGUGGACUUUCAUUGGCAUCCCACUGCCCGCGAGCUUCUUCUCGUGACAUGCCAAGAUGAAAAGUAUCGCGGUGUGUCCUUUGUUUGGGACCCCCUGUCCGAAGGCCCCAAGCCAGUCUCUUUGGGCGCUUAUUUGCCAAACGGAAAGACCAUUGGAAGGACCAGAACAACAUGGAUCAACAGUGAUCCCGAAUUCCCGGUUGUGAUGAUCUCAGACGCGCAAAACGGAGUCUUAGUAUCGUGCUCAGAUGGGGCACAAUGCCCGACUCCAUGGCGUGAAGGGGCAGUUGGCGAUAGAACCAUAGGAUCGGUACAGGAUCUUGGAGAUACCGUCGACAUAUCUUCUCUGAUGCCGGACGACACAUCCACUUUGGACGAUACCUUCUCUUUCAAGCACGUAUAA